CCCUCUCUCUCUCUCUCCACUCUUGAUAUACCUUUCUUUUUCUUUUUUUUUUUUUUGCUAGAAGAAAAAAAGAAAAAAAAAAAAAGAGAGCAUGUACCUGAUCUAUUUAUUAUAUCUACUAUAUUUUGCAAUAGCAGUGACGGUUGCACUAUCGUUACUACUUUAUACUUACCAGUGUGAAUUACUUUAUGCUUCAGGAUUCCCGACAGGGUCGAGAUCAGUGGUUGCGAGACCCUCACAAUUUGGGUUACCGGAUAAGGAAGUUAUAUUAGUUACCAAGGAUGGAUAUAAAAUUCGAUCCUAUGUCAUGAUUCAACGUGGUGAAGAUGUUGCUAUUCAAUCACCUACUGUCGUUUGCUUUCAUGCACAUACAGGAAAUAUGGUAAAUUUUGGGGUUUUUAUUUUUUCAGGAAAAAUAAAUAGGGGGGGGGGGAAACAAGUUUUCAUUAAUCACUGAUAAUUCACACAGGGUCAUCGAUUGCCUAUCGCACAAGUAUUUUUCAAGAAAUUGGGUUAUAAUGUAGUGAUGUUAUCAUAUCGAGGGUAAAGAAUAUAUAGAACUUUAGCGUGUUCACUUAGAUAAACAACUGA